GGCAACUUUAUGACACUGCCAUCAAGCACCACUGGUAAUCCUCCUGGAGGUCCCAAACUGUCACCACUCACAUUCAUCCCAGCUGCUUCCAGCCCACAGGCAGAGCUGGGGGGUUUGGCCCACUGCCCCUCUGCACAGGGAGACCCACAACAGGAGGUGCAGGACCUGAAGGAGCAGCUGCAGGCAAUGCAGUGUCAGCAGACUCAGAUUUAUGAGGCAGAAUUUCAAACGGAGCAUAACAGCCAUAAACACACGCAGCAGGAGAACAGCAGGCUGAGAAAGAAGAGGGAGGAGAUGCGCCAGCAGGUGGCACUACUGCAAGAGCAGCUCAAAGUCUAUGAAGAUGACUUCAGACGUGAGCGCUCAGACAAACAGAUGCUGCAGCGGCUGCUGAAGAAGACACAGUCCCCCCUCACAGACCCAGUGCUGAUCCACCGCUGUAAUAAUGAGAAACGACCAGUAGGGGGAGACAAGAGGACACACCAUGAAGAGCAGCCACUCAAGAAACCACAUCACCCUUUCUGCCCCAAACACCAGGCUAGAAAAAAGAACUGAUAUCUUAGGCAAAUAUUGUAGAGAUAUUUAAAUAUAUUGUCUGUUAAUAGUUAAAGUGUGUAUGACAGAUUUGUAUGAUUCUCUAAUUUUGACUAAAUUUUGGGAUAAUCUAGCCUCAUUCAUCAGACGGUUUUAGCGGAGUUUUUUUUACCUUUGCUCCAUUUCAGAAGCACUAGGUGGCGCCAGCCUGGCUAGGGAUAAUCUACUAUUGUAACUAUUGAAAGUAUUUGAUUGAUUGAUUCGUUUUUAUUUCGAGUUUGUGCCAAGAGAGAAACAAUAAUCAUAUGUACUACAUAUACAUUGCAAACAACAGAAAAGCACAUUUCUUGAAAAGGAGUGGGAAGAAGAAAAACUUAUAUGAACCCACCCCUAUUCAUGACAGUUUCAAAAAUUAUGUGGUUGCUUCUGUACAUUGAUCACGGAACUUAACAAAUAUUUACAUAUAGCAAAAUAAAUGACAUAUCAUGCAUACAAAAUAUAAUUAUAAAUUAUAUAUUAUAGUUUUACACAAAUCAAGAAGCAAUUUGUGAAGUUGAAACAAGUUGAAAAUUACAGGAAGUAAAGAGUUCAAACACACUGAUGUCAUCACACUACGGAGAAUUCUAUCCAAAAGUUCAGCGCAAUUUACACACAAUAAACAAUUUUUUUCUGAUUUUGGUAAAAUGAGCAGUCUAAUCUGUCAUAGGCACUUUUCUUUUAUAUCUUUUGUUGUCUGUAUGAAAUAAACAAGAAAUAAUAAAUAUAAUAGAGAAGCCAUGUAGCCAUUGAUAUUAAUGGCAAAGAUAUAGCAAAAGACAAAUCAAUGAUUAGUUGAUUGAUUUAAAUUAAUCUCUUAGUAAUUGGUGCUUUUCUUAAUAAUGUGUUAAAAUUCUACAAUAUACUAGACCCUGAUCAAAGUCCAUAUAAAGUUGGAAUUUCUAAGCUACAAUUUAAUUUAAUGUUUAAAAACAUGUUUUUCUUUUCAACAAUCUCACUGAACCCACAAGGAAAGUAACUCCAUGAUGAAUUAUGCUCUAAAGGCAAGUUUAUAUUAGCUAAAUUAAGGAAACAGUUUACUUCUCUGAAAGAAGAAGUAUGACCAAGUGUCAAAUUUGCGCACCACUUUUUUUUUGGACUGUGCUCACUGACUCAGACCCAACAGAGGCUGGGCUUUCCCUCUAAAUGAGUUGUAAAUAGUGUAGGUCAUGGUUACUGGGAGAGGAUGGAUAUUAGGUUUACAGGAAACUACAAAUGAAAGUGCAGGCUUGGAUGUUAAGAGUUUCAGAUUACUGUUUAACCCCCGCAUUCAUACCACACCCGAGGAGUACACUGCAAACUACGUAAUAAAACAACCUAGAUUACCUUUGGUUAUUCCAGAGAAGCAUAAUGUUUGGUAAAAAUAAAACAGCAAACUUUCCGGGACUUGUGUUUAAAUAGCCUUGGCCAUGAGGAGCACUGGGCACUUCAACCAACCAGACACAGGUAAGAACUGGAUGGAUGGAUGUUAGGUUAUUGCAUGUGAUAUUCUUUGUAUAAUAAAUACAAGUAGAUUUGUUUUUAGCAGAGACUCGUAAUGGUAUGUGAGAUACUUCGUAUUUCUCUAAAAUUGCUUGAAAAACACCCUUUGCUUGAAAUUUCCUAUUAACUGUAAAUAUUAUGUUUUCCUUCUAAACCUAGACAAAGCACCACUUUGAAAACACACUUGAUGACCAAAUUAUUUAUUUUAAACUCCUUGUUAAAUAUCCUCCACUUACAGGGUGAAGUUUGAGAGCAGAAAACAUGCCACAGACGAUGACCACAUCUUCGGACGAGCUCCAGGAGCUGUACAGUCAGCAGGGCUACCUUUCCGCUCUCUCUGUCCUGAGUGAGGCAGAGCUGAGGGAGGCCAGACAAGCCUUUUCUCAACUUGAGGAGCAAUUUGGUGUUGAAUACACAAGCUACAACCUCCACAAUGUCCACUUGAAGUACGACUGGGUGAUGGCACUGACCCAGCACCCUCGUGUGUUGGACGUUGUCAAAGCCAUCCUGGGACCUGAUGUGAUCCUGCUGGACUCCCGUUUUAUCUGCAAAUAUCCAACACUCAAAUCUGACAGAGCCGAAGAAGAGCUACCUUAUGUGGCAUGGCAUCAGGACAUGAGGUAUUGGGGCAUUGAUGGAGGCCCUGUUCUGUCUGUGUGGCUGGCUUUAGAUGAUUCCCUCAAAGAAAACGGUGCACUCCAGGUUAUACCAGGCACUCACUGCUCCGGUCUGCUCCCCCAUCGCUUGGCAGUGCGUCCUGGUAACAUGCUGACGGUAAACCAGGAGAUCCCAGAGGAACUGGUGCAAGUGGAGCGCACUGUGCUCUGCCCCUUGUUAGCAGGACAGAUGUCUGUUCAUGAUGGACUUCUCGUACACGCCAGUGACCCCAACAUGUCCCCAAAGAGACGCUGUGGCUUUGUGAUUCGUUAUGUGCCCAGCCGUGCUUACCCUGUUGAGGUGAGGAGACCUGCUCAUGUACACAUUUCAUUAAAAACAGUAUUCACAUGCUUUCCUCCAUCAGGAUCCAGACCGACCCAGGAAGUUCAAUGCAGCUGUGUUGGCUUGUGGGACAGAUCACUUCAAUAAUUUCUCUAAUACAAGCAGUUAACAAUUUCUGGAAUAUAUUUCAUGUGUGUGUGUUAUGUGGUUACUUUUAAGACAGUUUUGUCUUAAUUAAUACUUUUACUGUCUUAUAUAGUCUGUGUGUGUGUCUUGCACACAUUUGUAAAAAUUAAAUAAAACAUGAGAAAAAUCAUAAAUAAAAUAUUAUCUAAAAUCUUA